AUGCCAAGCAGAUUCACCAGACCCACAUUUAUUUCUUAUGAUGGGAAAACAGACCCGGUUGAACAUGUAAGCCAUUAUAUCCAUAUGAUGUUCCUGCAUAAUCAUAAUGAUGCGUUGAUGAGUAGGGUGUUUUCCUCUAGUCUUGGACCCACUGCUUUGGGGCGGUUCAAUGGGUUAAGGAAGGGCUCGAUUCAUAGUUUUGCAGAGUUGAUUCAAGAGUUUGGGGUCCGGUUUAUGACCUAUAGUUGGGUACCACAACCAGUGGACGCGUUGCUGUUUAUGAAGAUGGAAGCCAGAAAAACCCUUUGGAGUUACACUAGUAGGUAUUGGGAAUUGUACAAUGAGAUCGGAGGGGGUAAUGAAAAAAUCGCAGCAAGCACUUUUAGGCUGGGAUUGCCUAAGGACUCUAAAUUGCGAGAGUCGUUGACGAGGAGACCUCCAAAGGAUAUGAGACAACUUAUGAGACGAAUUGAGGAGUAUAAGAAGUUAGAGGAUGAUCGGCAGCAGAGCAAGGGGAAGGCGCUGGCCGUGACGUAG